CCAUCAUCAUCAUCAUCAUCCUCAUCACCGCGUAGGACACACUGUGAGAGUCCUCAGUGCUUCUUUCCAGCGGUGCUGACCCGGCGCCCAGGGGAACAGUCACUCAUUCAUGGUGAAGUGGCAGCAGAAGCAAACAGAUGCGCUCCGGCUCGGCGCGUAAAGGAAAAACGCCCGACUGACGCGCGCUGACAGACCUCUUAGACACCUUCAUUUAGUCAGCUCGCGAAAAGACCCGCAUCAUCAACUUUUCUCCUCCAAAGUCCUCACGUUCACAUUAAGGCAGGAGUCUUAUUAAAGAGGAGCUGGCGCUCGCUGCUGAACUUGUUGAGCACCGAGACGCGCCGCUCCUUCGUCGGGCUCACAGUUCACAUGGAAACCUUUCAUCUAGCAUCGGCGUGAAGGUGAAAGAUGCGGUCUGACUAGAGGCAAACCUGAACCCAACCGUGCUGUCGGGACAUCUGAGGGUAUCUCAAAGGGUCUCGCUCCCUUCAGCUACUACUGUCCACACAUCUUGUCAUCCCUCCUCCAGUCGAGCACCCCUUGAGCCCCAAACUCCACUUAGCUCAGACUGCUUCGACCUGCGUCGGCUCUACAGUGGGACACCGGAUCUUCGCAGGAGAAAGUGGGGAAAGAAACGCACCAAAACCUUAGAGAAGACCCUACAGAAUCAUGGUGGCAGUGUCCCAUCGCUCUCAGCUGGGGAGAAGUUAGAUGAUUUUGUAAGAUUUCUUUGCUGCUUAAUUUGUUAAGUUUUUGUUUCCCCUUUGGUGGGGGAAAAGUGUUCUGUUGAGCCUCUUUGCGAAAGGACACCGACAGGAGGGAGCGCCAUGCGCCAGCCCGUGCUUCUGUUGGCAAUGCAGGCCGCGUGGUCUUGCUUGUGCCGUGCGACCCAGCACUAUCCAGCCGCCUGGGGGCACUACGACGUGUGCAAAUCGCAGGUGUACACAGACGAGGGCCUCACGUGGGAUUACAUGGCCUGCCAGCCAGAAGCUGGAGACAUGACCAAAUACCUGAGAGUCACGCUGGACCCACCCAACAUCACGUGUGGAGACCCACCAGAGACGUACUGUGCCUUGGAAAAUCCUUACAUGUGUAACAACGAAUGUGAUGCCAACACGGUGGAGCUGGCCCACCCCCCUGAACUGAUGUUUGAUUUCGAAGGUCGAAACCCCACUACAUUUUGGCAGUCCACUUCGUGGAGGAAAUACCCAAAACCUCUGCUGGUCAACAUCACCAUGUCUUGGAACAAAACUAUUGAGCUGACAGAUGACAUCGUAAUAACUUUCGAGUCUGGCCGCCCAGAGCAAAUGGUUCUGGAGAAGUCCCUGGACUACGGGCGAACUUGGCAGCCCUACCAGUUUUACGCCACCGACUGCCUCGACGCCUUCACUAUGGAUCCCAAGACGGUGCAGGAUCUCACCCAGCAUACCCUUCUGGACAUCAUCUGCACAGAGGACUACUCCAGGGGCUACGUGUGGAAGUACGAUAAAACGGUCCGCUUUGAGAUCAAGGACAGGUUUGCCCUGUUCGCCGGACCUCAGCUGCACAACAUGGCGUCUCUGUAUGGACAGCUGGACACGACCAAGAAUCUGAGGGACUUCUUCACCAUCACUGACCUCAGGAUCAGGCUUCUAAGGCCAGCCACUGGAGCCACUAUGGUGGACGAGAAUAACCUGUCCAGAUACUUCUACGCCAUAUCCGACAUCAAAGUCCAAGGAAGGUGCAAGUGCAACCUUCACGCCAACAGCUGCGUCUUUGACAAAGAGAAGCUGACUUGCGAAUGUGAGCACAACACCACCGGGCCCGACUGCGGGAGAUGUAAGAAAAAUUACCAAGGGCGGGCAUGGAAUUCGGGCUCCUAUCUGCCCAUCCCAAAGGGAACAGCCAAUAUUUGUGUCCCCAGUAUUGUUGGUCCAGUUAACUGCGAAUGCUUCGGCCACUCCAACCGGUGCAGCUACAUUGAGCUGCUAAACACUGUGAUUUGUGUGAGCUGUAAGCAUAACACUAGGGGGCAGCAUUGCCAGCUGUGCAAGCUCGGCUACUACCGAAACGCCACGGCCGAGCUGGACGAUAAGAAUGUCUGCCUAGAGUGUAAAUGUGACCCGUUUGGCUCAGAGAGCGAUCGCUGUAAUGGCACAGGCUUUUGUAAGUGUAAGGAAGGAGCUACAGGGCCAAAGUGCACCGAGUGCCAGCCGGGAUAUUUGUGGAACAAUGGCUGCAAAUCGCGUGUGUGUGACGAGCUGCUGCGCUGUCAGAACGGCGGCGUGUGCCACAACAACCUGCGCUGCCAGUGCCCCGCCGCCUUCACCGGCCUGCUGUGCGAGAAGCCGCGGUGCGAGGGCGAGGCCGCGGGCUGCGGGGACCCCGACUCGGGCCAAGCCGCCCUGCGCCUGCCGCCGACCCCCCUGCUUCUGCUGCCGCUGCUGUUGGCGCCGGCCUGGGCCGCCCCUCUCUGAGGCCCCCAACGGAUAUGUGGGACCGCAGCGGCGCUGCCCUCUCCGGCAGUCCAUCACGCACGGGACACAGGCUGUGGACAACACAUGUGCCAGAAUGACAGCAAACUUUACUUAAAAAAAGAAUAGUAAUAAUAAUAAAGU